AUGGCCAUUAUGACGGUCCCUAUGAUGGCCGCUACGAUGAACAUUAUGUUGAUCGCUAUCCUGGCCAUCCUGGUGAGUAUCCUGGUGAGCAUCCUGGCGAGCAUCCUGAUGAGCAUCGUGGUUAUCAGUUUCACUGCUUUCUUCGAGGAAACCGCAGCCGCAAGCCCCUUGGGAGCGUUGGAGGCGUGCGAAGAGGCGUUGCUGUUACUUCGCUCGGAUACGCUUCGGUGGAAACUGUCCACGGGGGCGUAG